AAAUGUUUUCUGAAGUAAGUUUAAUAAAAUAAUACGAAAAAAAUCGUCAAAUAAUUUAACUAUUAAGAACAUAUUUUAUAAAAAGUAUUUAAUUGAACAUCUCUUUUAAAGUUUAUAAUAUUUUAAAUUUAAUACAUACUAUUAUCAAGUUAUCAAUUAUUCAUAGCAUUCUUGUUAUUUUAGUGGUAGGUACAUAGCAGAUGAGUAAGAUGAUUUUAUAAUGUUUGAGAUGUGUUGAGAGCUGUAAAUGACUUUAAUAGAGUGGCACGAAACUGUGUUUGUAAUAGGCGAUCAAAUAGUUUCAGCAACAUUCAAUAGUGAAAAUUGUAAAGUAUUUGACAAAAAUGGAUUCCAGUGGAUUGUGGAUAAACAAUUUUCUAGAUUCUUUGGCGUAUUUAAAGAUCCACGUGAAUGGAAUCAAGAGGAAGUCUCAAUUUGGAUCAAAUGGAUAAUAAAUGAAUACAAAUUAGAUAACCUAAACAUUUCAAAAUUUAAAAUUGACGGAAAGCAGUUAACAUCAGAUGAUUUUCGUUGGAACGAUAUUUACAUAGAAGACAAAUCGGCAGUUGAUGAUUUUUGGAUACACCUCUGCUUGUUAAAAACUAUGCACAAUGUGUAUACAAAACUGAAGGAUGAUGAGAGAAUAGAUGUUCCUAUAUUACUUAAAUAUAAAAACAGUAUUAAUUUUAAUCAAUGUAAUGAAAUUUGGCAAUUUUUGUUGAAUUUGUUAACUGACAGCAACUAUCAAACUGUUAUUGAAUGGAUAGACGAUCUUGGCACUUUUAAAAUACUUAAGCCAAAGACUAUAUCUAUCAUGUGGGGUCUUAUGAAAAAUAAUUGCACUAUGGAUUAUGCGAAAAUGGCUUCGGCAAUGAGAUAUCAUUACGGAAAAGGUGUACUAAACAGAGCUAAAGGGAAAUAUGUCUAUAAGUUUGACGCUGACAUUAAAAAUAUGGUCGGUCAUAGCCCAUUGGAAAUAAAAAAUAUGUUUAAAUAAAUAUAGUAUUAUUGUUAUGUUUGUUUCUUAAAAACUUAAACUAUAUAAAAAAAAUACAUAAAAGCUUAGAAGAAGAAUGGCCUAAGGUGUAACUUGUCCAUUGUGUUUUCGUUAGAUGUUGGCCAUAUUUUUAUUUACUUAUAAUAUUGAUUUUAAGAUAAGCUUAUAAGUAAAUAACCAGUGACUAAUAGACUAAAAUAAAAAUAGUAGUAUUUAAUAACACCAUACAUUUUUGUACAAUAUUUAUUAAGUUAAAUAUAAUUGAGCAU